GUCACAGUGCAAAAUACAAGCCAGUGCCAAAUAUCUCAUUUAUUGUUUAUAGUUUUAUUAACAGUCUUUCAAAAAAGCUAAGGGAAAUCACCACUGCCAUGAACCUAUUCUCGCGCUUGAUACGUUUGGGAGGUGGGGCCAGCAAAAGCUCCGUUACGCUACCAGCUCCUGGUGAGUUUUUCUAAGCUAACAGUUCAAAUUUCCCGCCAAUCAGUUUUGUAGCAACGAGCAUCUGUAAGACAGCGCGUAUGUGAUAGUACAAUCAACGCAGCUGCUGAAUACCCACCCGAUUCCACGGAGGUCUACAAAACUAUAGCCGAAGAUACUUUUGUGGCAGCCAGUUCGAACCCCGAAAAAGUCGACAUGGUCCAGGAUGAGAAGGCGGCCCACGCCGAUGGCGCCGACGAACAGAUGCUGGGCUCCAACGGAGUGGAGGAUAAGCUGGCCGAGCGUCGGGAUGAGGUUAAGUUCAUCAAGGGCGAUCACCAGAACGGAGAUGCCAAGAUCGACAUCGGAACCGUAAACGGAGGCAAGCCCGCCUUCACUGGUAUGAGCAAGGAGGAGCUCAUGAAGUACGCCAACGACCCUUUCUGGGUGCGACUCCGCUGGAUCUUCUUCGUGUGCUUCUGGGCCAUUUGGGUGGGCAUGCUGGUGGGCGCCAUCCUAAUCAUCAUCGGAGCCCCCAAGUGCGCUGCUCCGCAGCCACUUCCAUGGUACAAGCGUGGACCACAUGCCAAGUUCGCCAGCGUUGAGACCUGUAGGCCAGAGGAUGUUCAGGUCGCCAAAAAACUGGUUUCCGCUGGCGCGAUUUAUGAGCUUCCAGCUGCUCUGACCUACGACGUGAAGAAGCCGGAGGUGGAGGAGAAGAUCAAGCAUUUGGUGGCUCUGUACCAGGGCAGCGAUACCAGGGUUAUACUUGACCUGACGCCCAACUACGCGGCAAAGAACUCGCAGCUUGUGCAGGAUGCCAUUGCAAACCCGGAGAAGAGAUCGGCCUUUGUCUGGGUGAGCGGCGGUAAAGCUCUUCCCAACAACUGGCUCAAGGUGGGCGGCAAUCGCAGCGCCUGGGAAAAGGUUGGAGACAACUAUGUGCUCUCCCAGUUCGAAGACGGGUACUACGACCUCAAGAUGAACAGUACCAUCAUUAGGAACGAGUUCGGAGCAGUCCUAAAGCAUCUGGUGGCAUUGGGCGUUCGAGGCUUCCGCCUGAAGAAUACCAAGUUCUUUGCGCUAUUCGAUAGCCUCGAGGAUGAGCAGAUCUCGUCAUCGCCGAAGGACUUCAGCCUGGGACCCAAUGAAUAUGGCUUCUACUCCCACAGACAAACAACUUUCCUAUCCGGCCUGGGCGAUGUGCUCUAUGAUUACCUGAGCAUCGUGAAGAAUGCCUCCGACGAGGCUUUCUUCUCGGUUGCCGAAGAUGUCAUGGAACCACAGGUGUACCAGUUGAGCGGAGAUUCUGGAGCAUACGGCAUCGAUCUGCCUAUGUACGGAAACUUUGUAAAGGUGCUCAGCAAAUCUAAGCCAGACACGUCGCUACAGAAGGAACUGGAUAACACACUCGCCCAAUCGGGCACGGACAGCUGGCUGCAGUGGAACUUAGCGGACGUCUAUGUCGACACCCCACAGGAUCCAUCUGCUCUGGCCAUGUUCCUAUCCCUGCUGCCCGGUGUUCCCGUGGUGGCUGUGGAUGCUGUGGCUUAUCAAAACGUUACCGAGGAGACCUACAGGCAGAUCACCUCUCUGCGCAAGACUGCAUCCUACAUGCAUGGAAAUCUUAAUCUCUACCAGGCCGAUCCACUGGUCGCCUUCUCCAGGAUCAAGUCUGGAAACCCUGGCUACUUUGUCAUCUUCAAUCCCACCGAACUGCCGCAGGCGAGCAACUUUACUAUCCCAGACAAUCUGCCGGACAAGAUGACGGUGUCCUAUUUCAGCGAGCAGUACAACAAUAACAUGGAUAACUCCGGAAAGGUUGCUCAUGCUGGACGCGUGAAUCUCAAGGAUCUCAAGGUGGCCCCGCACUCCAGCAUUAUCCUGACCUAUGUGCCAGUGAAGGCGGAGUAAUGUGGUAGUACCUGUAACUAUCCACCAAAAUAAACAAUAUCGCAUAAUGGCAUAUAUACAGAAAUUGUAUAAAAAAGUAACUCGCUUUGUUAACCGUUGAGAUUUAAAGCCGCCAAACAAAAUUAAAAACUUAUUCGCUGAGAACUUUUUAGACUUGCUUGCUUGUUAAAUGCGCUUGCUAAGAAAUAAAUACAAUAUUUGCUUGCAUUU